CAUGAAACUAACCCUGCAAUCAGUCGAUAUAUGCAUGUCUUCCCCAGGAAGCUGAAUUCUCUAUGGACACUACGUCUGACUAUUCUUCAACGCAAUCUGUUCUUGACGACACUUGCAACUCCAUUACAGGCGGAUCGCCUAUUGUGCCUCGCAUUCCAAGCAAGCGAUCGACAUCAUCACCCCCGUCCAAGCGAAACAAAAAAUCCUCAACAUACUCAAGAUGGACCUCAGAAGAAGAUAGUCAUCUACGACAGGCCGUUAUGCUAUACGGCCCUCACAAAUGGUCUCUAAUUGCUUCGCACGUACCCAAUCGAACUCCGAUGCAAUGUUCAACGCGCUGGCUCGGUGCAUUGAACCCCAACAUAUACAAAGGAAGAUGGACGCAGCAUGAAGAUGCGGUGCUUCGGUAUGCAGUACAAGAAUAUAGCAACAUCCCCGACGGAGAAGAUGGCGCACAACCCAUACCCUGGAACAAGAUUGCGCAACGUAUACCCAACAGAACCGGAAUUCAAUGCCAGGCGCGCUGGACGGAGGCAUUGGACCCUACGGUGCGAAAGGGAAAAUGGAGUGAACCAGAAGACGCUUUACUUCGAGCCGGCGUCCAGACGUAUGGCAAAUGUUGGAUCCGAAUAGCUGAAUCGAUUCCUGGCCGUACGCAGCGACAAUGCAGAACGCGUUGGGUGCAGCUAAAGUAUAAGGAGGAAAAGCAGAGUGCAAGAACAAACAGCAAAGCAUCGGAUAAAUCUUCAUCGGAUGCUGCACGGCGAAUUCACCACUCCCGUCAAAGAUCCAGUGUUCAUAUCGAAGACGCCGUGGCAUCCACAUUACCCUUAUCAUCCUCUUCAUCUACAGUGUCAUGGGAAGGAGAAAGACGAACACCCUUCGAUGAUGGGUCAUCUGAUAUGGUGCAAGUGGCGAGCAACAACUUCUUCUCAGCAACAGAUUUGAAGCAAUAUCAUCAAAUGGUUCCACCCUUCUCUGACGUCAAAUUCGAAGUAUCUCGGAUAUACAUACCAGGAUUUGGAUUAGCCACCACCGACGACUGGCCGCGAUGAUCUGUCUUUACCAUCUACUGAACUUACUCGCCAUACUCAAUUCAUGUACAAUAGCUUUCUGAUGUCUUCUUCUUAAGAUUGAUAGAUUAAAAAAACAAUAAAUUUGAAG